UCAUGCAGCCCAACUUGUGUCGUGGCCAGAGCUGAAGGCCAUGGCUGCCCCUAGAAUUCUUUAGGAUAUCUCCCGGACAACAUCACUCCUGGGAAAACUAAAACCCAUCUCAGACAGCAGCUUUAGGGCUUGGUCCGAAAGGAGAAGUUGCUUCUACUGAGGAGACUUGCCCAGCUACCAUGGCUAGCAAAAGAAAGUCAACAACGCCAUGUAUGGUACGAGCAUCUGAAGCAAUGGAGGAGGGGGUUCCCAAAGACUCUAAUGCAGGAAAGGCACUCGGCAGUCCAGAGCAGGACUCAGGAGAUGCCGGGAAGGAAAACUGCGAAAAUGACUGUGAAGUGAUUGAGGGGAAAUCUUCUCCAGCCAACCCAACAAGGAAACCCCUUGGUGGUUAUGAAUGUAAGUACUGCCCAUUCUCCACCCAGAAUCUGAAUGAAUUCACAGAACACAUAGACACGCAACAUCCCAACGUGAUCCUCAACCCCCUCUAUGUAUGUGCUGAAUGUAACUUUACAACCAAAAAGUAUGAUUCCUUAUCGGAGCACAACACAAAACUCCACCCAGGAGAAAACAACUUCAAGCUUAAAUUAAUCAAGCUCAACAAUCAGACAGUCCUAGAACAGUCCAUUGAAAUAUCAAACAACCCAAUUGCUGCUGGAAUCCCUGAAUAUGAGGUGGUUCCUGUUGGGGCGAGUGGUACGAACAAAGUUCUGCCGAUUAUUAACAUCGGAAAACCUAAAGGUGAGGCUAAAAAAAAUUCUAUGGACAACCAUCUGGAUGGGAUUCCCCAUCUUGUUACCGAAACCACAGAGCCUAUUGCGUGUAUUAAUGGAACAGAACUCCUUCAAGAUAUACUAGCUCAUGUGAUGCCCUCCGUACAGCUCCCGCCAAAUAUCAACCUUGUUCCUAAAGUCCCUGUACCACUGAAUAGCAACAAAUACAAUUCCGCCCUGGACACUAAUGCAACUAUGAUCAAUUCCUUCAACAAAUUUCCAUACCCAACACAGGCGGAGUUGUCGUGGCUGACGGCAGCAUCCAAACAUCCAGAGGAGCAGAUCCGGAUUUGGUUCGCCACUCAGCGUUUGAAGCAUGGCAUCAGUUGGUCUCCAGAAGAGGUCGAAGAGGCAAGGAAGAAGAUGUUCAAUGGCACCAUCCAGACAGCACCUCAGACCAUCACUGUUCUGCCAGCGCACGUCACUGCCGCAAAAAUGCCACAGCCCCUCCUCCAAACAGCGGUGCCUUGUCAGAUACUCAGUCAGACUGGCCUGGUCUUGGCACAAGUAUCAAAUGGAUCAAACAUUUCCCCAAUUGCCCUUGCUGUCGCUGCCAAUCAUGGGCAGAAACGGAGCACACAGAACCAGCCAGCUGUCCCAGAACCCAAGCGCCCACACGUUGUCCCUGCAGAAGUCUUGCCCAAACAGAACACCCCUGCUACGCCUACGAGUACGACAACAGUGCCAUUGUCUGCUAUGCCGCCGAUAUUGUCAAAUGACCGCAAGAAGACCAAGGAGCAGAUAGCAGCCCUGAAGGCAAGUUUCAUUGUCAGCCAGUUUCCUGACAAUGCAGAAAUUUACAAGCUGAUAGAAACCACAGGCCUCUCCAGGAGCGAGAUCAAAAAGUGGUUCAGUGAUCACCGAUACCGAAGUCAAAGGGGAAUUGUCAAUAUCACAAGCCAGUCCAUCGCCAAGGACCGGAUUGCUCUUGCUGCUGCGCGGCAGGGGCGUGCUUACUGUCCAAUACCAGACUUCACUUUUGAGACGUUCAAAGGAAAAACCCAACAACAAUUUGGGAUCCUCGAAGAAAGUUUUCGUAAGAGUUCUUUUCCAACGCAAAGUGAGUUAGAAAGACUUAGGACUGAAGCCAAGAUGAGUAGAAGAGAGGUUGAAUCCUGGUUCACGGAGAGAAGAAAACUUCGGGAUAAUAUGGAACAAGCGGUCUUGGACUCAAUGGGACCAAGCAUGAAGAAUGAGGCUCAAGGAACUUCCAAUGGUGCAAUAAGUCAAACCGAGAAAUUUAACAUCUCCCAAGUACCAACAUCUUUAUCCCGGUGCUCUGCAGCCUUUGCCACAAGUAGCCAAGAGCAGGUCCACUUACUGAAGAGUACAUUUGCGAGAACUCAGUGGCCAUCCCCACAGGAGUAUGAUGAGUUGGCGGCUCAAACUGGGCUCACUAGGACGGAAAUUGUUCGCUGGUUCAAAGAGAACAGGAGCUCUCUAAGAAAUGGGACACUGAAAUGGUUGGACCAAUACCAGCAGCAGUAUGUCAUCGAUGGGUAUAAUGAGACAAAGGGGACAGUGCCCACUGGGAGUCUGAAGAACAGUAUCCACGAGGAUCAACAGCCUCUCAAGGAGAAGUUGGAGAAGCAGAACAUAGAAUGUACAGAGAAGUUGGAAUGCCACAGCCAAGAUAGCCAGGGCACAGACGAGAACCGGGACACCGGCAAUGUGAAUUGGGUGGAAGUCACCAUUGAUGAUGACGACGACGAUGCUGCUUCGGACUGUAUGGAUAGUUGGAGUCAAUCAGUGCCUGAACACAAAGCAGAUUUUGAUUCUGAAAGUAUAUCUGGUGACAACUCUCAUACCUAGACAGGCCGGUCAUUCAGCUUCCUAGACCUACAGUAUCUUUCCUGUCUUGGGAGUCACUAACCCUGGGAUCAAACAAGGUCUUCGGAAAUGUGAUAUCCCAAGUUUUGACUCCAGAAUCAAAGUCACGGUGAAGAAAAGACAAUCCUGUGGAGUAUCGCAGCGAGUUUCAUGGUGCCAAAGUCCCAUUAUGGGAUUUUUCAACAAGGGCCCUUGUAUAUAGGUUCUCUGUUGUGUGCUACUUACUUCCUCCCAACAUAUACAUACACUGCAGAGAUUAUUAUUUUUUCGCUACUUUUUCUCAUCACCACAUUAAUUGCUGUCUCAUGGCAACAGUUUGGCUUUUCAGUUUUCUUUAGAAUCCAUAACCAUUGCUUCGACUUCUAUGAUAAUUUGUAGACUUCUUGGCCAGCUGCUUCCGUUUCUUACGAUGAGCUUCUAUACCCAUGGAGAGUUUAUCCAUCUCAACACUUUUACGGAAUCCAUCCUGGAUAGUGUUGGUCGGUUGCUCAUUUUGGUUUUCUUAACAACCAUCUCAUUUGCAAUUGGCUCUGUUUUGCUCCUCUGCAUGAAGAAAACCCAUUAACACAUCCUGUGAUUCACUGUUUGCCAAAAACAUCUGGACUGUGGAACUCGGGAGAUGUUGAUAGUACAACGCCUUUGCUUGUUCCAAGCACCUAUUUUCUACUGCUAAGAUUGUACAAUCCUAAAAACAAAUGGACUUUGCAAUGGAGGGCUUACGCUUCUUUAUAACCGAGCCUGUUCGUAAUUCUUUGUUGGUGCAACGACCGAGAGACUCUUAUUUUUGUCAGCCUUCGAUGCUGUAGUGCACAACAUGGUUUCUUGAACCCUUGCCACUACAUUUUUAGCUUGUUUCUAGGCUCCCCCGAGUGCACUUUUGUUCUUCAAGUAACUGCUGAAAGGAGAGGGAGAGAAAUGGAGGGGAUAACUCUGUCUUGGGUCAACGUUUAAAGGUGACUUUGCUGUGGUUUGGAGAGACUGAUCCACCACCACCCCGCCCCCCCAAUAUACGCUGCACAAACCUAACGUUAGGACGGUUUGAAUUAAUUAAACAGAACUUUUCUAGCUUUU